UAGUUGCCUGGGACAGAAGCAAACAGAGACCAAACACGACUAACCAACUGCACACUUUAACUGAGCAGACGAUUCAAGAUGCUUUGCCCCAGCGCAUUCCAGCCUAUCAGCCCAUUCAUGGACUUCCACUGGCCUGUACGCAGCCUGUGGCCCGAGACGAGGCCCCUGUUCUUCCAGAUGGAACAGGAGAUGAUGAGGCACAUGCAGGAGAUGAAAAACAACAUGGAGUUCAUGGAUCGCCUCCAUCAGAAGAUCUUCAACGAGAUCGACCAGGGCCUGACGCCGACCACGUUCAAGCCCAUCACGUUCCACAUGGGCAAGGCGGGAGAUCAGUUUGCCGUGACACUUGAAACCAAAGACUUUGCCCCGGAGGAGCUCACCGUCAAGCAGGUGGGCAGGAAACUGCGGGUCAGUGGCAAGACAGAGAAGAAGCAGGACGACGGCAAGGGCUCCUACUCCUACAGAUGUGAGGAGUUCAGGCAAGAGUUCGACCUGCCCCAGGGAGUGAAUCCGGAGGCAGUGACCUGCUCUCUCGCCGAGGGCAAACUACAGAUAACGGCGCCCAACAAGGCCCUUCCGGAGAGCAAAGAGAGGGUGGUGCCCAUUGAACUUACCCCUGCUUUGAAGAACAAAGAGACUCUGGCAGUGGCUGAAGGAGAGGCAGCCAGUGCUAAGAACUGAUUUAGAUGUCAGUCACACAGGAGUGGUCAUGCUGGUGUCAUACCAAUCGAAGGAAUAGGCUGCUUAGGAUCUAAUCAUUUGUGAAUAUGUUUGCGUCUAACCAAAGUAUUGACAAAAAGCAAAUGAUUUUCAUGUGAAUUUGUUACAGUUUUAAUAGAGAAGUUAAUUUAACAACUGCUAUCUUUUGCAUUAUGUCUUUAAUAAAAAAAAUAUUUCUAA